AUGUUUUCUUUUGCUUCUAUUAAAUUAUCAUCUUUUUUUGGUUCCAUUUUUCUUGCUGAAGAAGCUCUUUUUUCUCUUUCCAAUGCUAUAGGCAUCAUUUGAUUAAAACUUAUAGUUCUCUUUUUUCUAUCGUGGAGAAUUAAUUUUUUCUUAUUUUCUGCCUCUUUUGUUUUUGUGUUUUGAAUUUGCAAAGCUAAGUCUAAGCUAUCUUUCCUUUUCUGCCUUGUUUCUCAGGAUAUUUUUGAUUUUUUUCUUUCGGAUUCUAAAUGUUUUAUUCGAUUUUCCAGAGUUUUUACUUUUAAAUCUAGCUUUUUCCUCUCCAGAAGCAAAUUGUGGAUUUGAAAUUCUGAAGAUGGUAUAGUUCUUUUUUGGGAAGGUUUUUGCGACGACUUAGACUGAGAAAUCAAGCUAUUAUUUUCAGUGCACAGAAAUCGGUCCGUUGGAAAGUGAUUUUGCUUAUCCUCUAUCCUUGCUUAAGCAAUUUUUGUUUUUUAUUAAUUUUUAUACAACAAUCAAUAAAAUAAUAUUAUUUUAUAUAUAAUUUUUUACUCAAAAGUUCGAGCCCAUCCUUGAUCAAAAUUUGGUGGGCUGUUCGAUCAAAAAUAAGAGCUAGUUAGACAUUAAAUAA